AUGGAGUGGCUUUCGGCCGCAGUGGAGGCCGUCUCUUCCCUCUGGGAGGAUCCGGCCCCUCCCCAAAAAGAUUUUCCACGAACGUUGGAAGGCUUCGAGAAGUUGCUGAGCCUGGUAGCGGACGGCCUGACCACGUCCCUACCGCAUCUGCCUUCGCAAGCAGAUGCCCUCGCGGAACAGAUCGAGCAUCUCGGCUUCGCGUCACCUGGCUGUCAGCUGGAGGGAUCCGGGCUCUCCUACUCGGAGGAGAAGGGCACCGGCUUCUUCCGCGUCUUUCAAGAGCGGAAGGUCAUGGCCCUCCUCGUGCAGCACGGUCUCCUCGCGCAGCACACCCUCCGCCGGGUCAGGGCGGCUCUCUUCCGCACGGUGAAGGACGAGUCGUUUCCGCACCUCCUCGAUCAGCUUAACCAGCUGGCACAGGGGCAGCACCGGCCUCGGCUGCGCUGGGUCUUUGGUGGAACGGCCGGUGGCGAUCGUUUCCCUGAUCCGGCCGAGGCCCGAGAUCCCGGACAAGUCUCAGGAUGUGCUCGCCAAGUUCCCAGGAUUCGGGAGAUCAUCAAAGCAGACCUGAUUUUUAGAGCCACUGAGGGCAACUACAUCGCUGCACUGAAGCGGAUGGCGCUCCGGCUCACCCCACAGCCAGACGCUCACAGGGCCGACCGCUUUGAUCGGAAUGCCGACCAGUUCCUGGACGUUCGGGUCCUCGGAGUGUCUCAAGACUUCGAGGGGCGUGACUUGCUUUCAAGCUUGCCGUCUGCAUCGCCGAGGCCACAGCUGGGGGCGAAGCUGCCCCUCAUGGAGGAGGCCGACAUCUCUGCUGCACGCUAUGUCUUCCACGGCUACGACAUGGCCCAGAUUGGAUCGAGAGUGGUCUGUCUCUGCCUCCUGAAAUCAAAGAAUCCUCGUGCCACUGGGAUGCACUUGACAAUUGACGGCGUUUCCAAGCGUGUUGACCAGCAAAUUGCUGCCGGAGCUGGCCGAACGGCUGCAUUGCGCUUGGGCGGCGUGGCUUGCAUUAUCGUGGCGGACAACUCCAGUGCCCUGCAAGCCGCGCUGGCGAAGGAGAAGGAUGUGCUGGAUUUCAUUACCGACCUCGUGAGCCUUGGGCAGCCUGCGGCCGUGGCAGAGUUGAUCGUGUGCGGGCCUCUGCUCUCCCAGCUGCACGUGCUGGCAGCACCCGUCUGGUUGGGGUACGUGAACAGACCCAAGAGCAUCUGGGAGGCAUCUGACAUGCUUGCGAUAGCUUGCGCUUGUCUUGCGUGGUGUUUCUGGCACGCGGAGAUACUCAUGAUGGAUGUCGAGAACAACGGGCCCGUGCCAUCGCCGGAGUGUGUCGACGCCAUGCAGGCCGCCGAAGCGGAGAGGGCCUGUGCUGCCGAAGAGGCCAAGCUCGGCUCGCUGGCCAAUUUCUUGCAGAGGAUGCAGACAGAGCGUUUGUCGGGAGUCGUGGUCCCGUUGAUUCAGCUGCUGCUGUGGCCAGUCGCGGUGCCCGCAGCACUGGCAGAGAGCAAGGCCUGUGGCACACAGGGCAGGGCGAGAGAAAUUCUGAUUGGCAUGAGCUGGCGAGAGCUGCAGUGCGCCGCCGUGUUCUCGAAGUUGGGCACAGCCAUCGGAGAGUCGGGGCUCUGGCCGAGCUGUGCACAGCCUGUGGAGUGGAGGCGCCAGAAGUGCACCAAGAUAAGUUGCAUUGUGGGCAUCUCUACUGCAGCAGCAGCACGGCAGAUGUUCGCCGGAGGUGUCCGCACAGCAGCGCUCGUCGGCAGAUCUGGCUUCGAGAUUGCACUGGCGCAGAUCUUUUGGGAGAAGGGGAUCAGCAAUCCUUUCCGCGGGGCCGUGCAGGCCAUGCUCCACGACCAGAGCAUGAUGGGCGUCUCGGGUGUCUCGGCCUUGAGAAUGGCUUUGGACGGUGCUGCUGGGCGGGCAGCAACGACAGGCAUCAUCAAAGGGCAGCGGCAGUGCAUCCGUGGUGUCGGGGUGGUUGCGGGACAUUUCUUGCGGAACAGGGAUGUGGGCGGCGGCUCCGGCGGUGCCGAAAACCGGCACCGCCGAAAGAAGAGCAUCAAGCGCGAAGGCCGACGGAGCCAGCUCUGCGCCUUCCGGAGGUUGGCGCAGCCGGGGCGUCAGAAGUUUCGCGAUGUAUGCAGGAUCAAUUUCGACACCAUGCUGCAACAAGGUCAUUUGAUUGAUGGAGUGGCAAGUUUUCUGUCACACGGAAAUCACUUCUCGGCAGCCCACAACUCGCCAUUCAUCAAUUUUGACAGUGCCCGAAAAGAGGCAGUGGAGGCCGUCUCUUCCCUCUGGGAGGCACAACCCCGCCACGGGCACGCCGUGGCUGUGCCCGCUGUGCAGGAUUUUCCACGAACGUUGGAAGGCUUCGAGAAGUUGCCAGUCGCCCGGCUGAGCCUGGUAGCGGACGGCCUGACCACGUCCCUACCGCAUCUGCCUUCGCAAGCAGAUGUGGCCCUCGCGGAACAGAUCGAGCAUCUCGGCUUCGCGUCACCUGGCUGUCAGCUGGAGGGAUCCGGGCUCUCCUACUCGGAGGAGAAGGGCACCGGCUUCUUCCGCGUCUUUCAAGAGCGGAAGGUCAUGGCCCUCCUCGUGCAGCACGGUCUCCUCGCGCAGCACACCCUCCGCCGGGUCAGGGCGGCUCUCUUCCGCACGGUGAAGGACGAGUCGUUUCCGCACCUCCUCGAUCAGCUUAACCAGCUGGCACAGGGGCAGCACCGGCCUCGGCUGCGCUGGGUCUUUGGUGGAACGGCCGGUGGCGAUCGUUUCCCUGAUCCGGCCGAGGCCCGAGAUCCCGGACAAGUCUCAGGAUGUGCUCGCCAAGUUCCCAGGAUUCGGGAGAUCAUCAAAGCAGACCUGAUUUUUAGAGCCACUGAGGGCAACUACAUCGCUGCACUGAAGCGGAUGGCGCUCCGGCUCACCCCACAGCCAGACGCUCACAGGGCCGACCGCUUUGAUCGGAAUGCCGACCAGUUCCUGGACGCCACAGCUGGCCCUGAGGGGGCGAAGCUGCCCCUCAUGGAGGAGGCUGCACGCUAUGUCUUCCACGGCUACGACAUGGCCCAGAUUGGAUCGAGAGUGGUCUGUCUCUGCCUCCUGAAAUCAAAGAAUCCUCGUGUGCAUGGUGCAGCCGUCGAGGUGUUGACCAGCAAAUUGCUGCCGGAGCUGGCCGAACGGCUGCAUUGCGCUUGGGCUCAAAUGGCAACGGCCAUGCAGCAGGACAACUCCAGUGCCCUCCAAGCCGCGCUGGCGAAGGAGAAGGAUGUGCUGGAUUUCAUUACCGACCUCGUGAGCCUUGGGCAGCCUGCGGUGACGCAGGCCGUGGCAGAGUUGAUCGUGUGCGGGCCUCUGCUCUCCCAGCUGCACGUGCUGGCAGCGCGGCACAGGUACGUGAACAGACCCAAGAGCAUCUGGGAGAUACUCAUGAUGGAUGUCGAGAACAACGGGCCCGUGCCAUCGCCGGAGUGUGUCGACGCCAUGCAGGCCGCCGAAGCGGAGAGGGCCUGUGCUGCCGAAGAGGAUCCACCGGACCAGCUUGCUGCCGUUCUGGCUGUCCGCUCGCUGGCCAAUUUCUUGCAGAGGAUGCAGACAGAGCGUUUGUCGGGAGUCGUGGUCCCGUUGAUUCAGCUGCUGCUGUGGCCAGCGGUGCCCGCAGCACUGGCAGAGAGCAAGGGGCCAGCGAACGCUGACAAGACAAGGGCAGCGGUUCAGGCUCUGGCCGAGCUGUGCACAGCCUGUGGAGUGGAGGAAGCGGCGCUCGCAACCUCUGAGGUGUCCGCACAGCAGCGCUCGUCGGAGAGGCAGAUCUGGCUUCGAGAUUGCACUGGCGCAGAUCUUUUGGGUAAGGAGAAGGGGAUCAGCAAUCCUUUCCGCGUGGCCGUGCAGGUGCGGGCCUUUCUCGCCAGUCUCUCACAGUUGUGGGAGAGUGGGAACCUAAACUCACGCGCCUCCGCCAGUAUGGUGCCGUGUGCUGCGGUGGCAUCUUAUUUGCUGCACCAGUGCCAAGACAUCCACCCGAUGCUGCUCGAGACUUCCGGGCUGUUGCCGAAGAAGGCCGAUACGGCUGAGCCUUCUGUAUAA